AUGUCGAACAGGCCGACGACGAUGUGGAUCAUGCCGACCACGCCGACCACGCCGACCAUGUGGAUCACGCAGACCAGGCCGACCGAGCAGAACGCGCCGACCGAGCGGAUCGCGCAGAACGCGCAGAACGUGCCGACCACGCCGAACGCGCCGACCACGCCGACCACGCCGACCAUGCUAAGCAUGCCAAACAUGCCAAACGCGGACCGUGCCGAUUACGCCGAAUAUGCCGACUUUGCCGAACACGUCGAGAACGCCGAUCAUGUUGAUUAUGCUGGCCAUGUCGAGAAUGAGCGGGAGGAGAGUCUGGAGACGAUGCAGUCAUGA